CGACAAAUUUAUUGCUUUCAGAUAACAAACUUUGCGUAUAUCGUUGACUUCCAAUCUAUUAGUUUAGCUUUGGUCACUAAAUCGCAAAACGAUUGUUCCCAGGUAUACAUUUUUAUGACACGCAUACCGGCUAUUAUCUCAUUCAUGAGUCUCAAUCGGGAAUCGUUUACCCAUCAGCAAUUGAAACGGGAUGUACAGUAUGAGUAGACCCAGACCUACCAUACUUGAUACUCCAAGCCGAUCGUUUUAAUGAUUUGGAUCCUCGAUUUUGGUCUGAAAUAGCUCGUAUGGUUGAAAUCAAUAAGCCUAUCAAUUUGGGAAUGGGUUGUCCCGAUUUUGAUGCCUGGCCACAAUCAAUUAUGGAGGCCAUGGCCGACAUUGUCCAAAACGGGUCCUGUUUGUUACAUCAAUACACAAAAAGCCCCGGACAUCCUAGGUUGGUCAAAGUGUUGGGACAGUUAUAUUCACAUCUAUUGGGCCGAACAGUCAACGGUGACGAUAAUAUUCUGAUAACUAUCGGUGCAUAUGAGGCCCUACAUUGUACUAUCUAUGGACUGGUCAACACUGGCGAUCAGGUGAUCAUUAUUGAUCCGGCAUACGAUGCAUACGAUAUGAUUACCAAAGCUGCCGGUGGUAUACCUGUGCACGUGGCACUUAAGCGAAUGGACAACCGGGUAAAUGGUGAAAACCAUAGCGGAUGGACAUUGGAUUUUGAGGAACUGGAGUCAAAAUUUAAUGCCCGAACCAGAUUUAUCAUUGUUAACACACCUAACAAUCCACUGGGAAAGGUGUACACCAAAGAGGAGUUAACUAAAAUAGCAGAUCUGUGCCACAAAUAUAAUAUAAUCGCUAUAAUGGAUGAGGUAUACGAGUGGCUAACUUAUGGAUCCAAUGAACACUUUCGUUUAGCAUCGCUUCCGGGUAUGUUCGAGAAAAGCAUAACUAUUGGCAGUUUAGGUAAGGCGUUCAAUGUUACCGGUUGGCGGUGCGGUUGGGCUGUCACUGGAAAUACAAAAAUACGCGAAGCUAUGACAUUGGCUCACAUGAGCAGUGUGUACGUGUGUCCCACACCGAUACAGGAGGCGGCCGCCCGUACCUUUGAACUGGAACUCCAGAAAUUGCGUGACAACCAGAUUGACGACAUGUAUUGGACUCAGUUGACCAGUUUGUUGACCAAAAAGCGAGAUAUGUUGUUCAAUAUGCUAUCGGAAUUGGGUUUCAAUCCAAUGGUUCCCGAAGGCGGCUAUUAUUUGGUUGCCGAUUGUCGCCGAUUAAUCGAUAGACUAAAUCUAAACGACUAUUUUGACAAACGGGGAAAAACAUUUUCGUUGGUCAGAUGGCUGUCCAAACACGGCGUACAAGGCGUACCAUUGACUGUCUUCUACAGACAAGAGAAUCAACAUCUGGCCGAAGGUUUGGUACGUUUUUGUUUUAUUAAAAGCGAUGAAACAUUGUUGAAGGCCAGGGAUGCGUUGAUAAGGAUGACUCAAUUGGUUGAUAAUUGCGAUAUUGAUGAACAACAGCAUCACAAUAAUAGUUAUAUUAUUGAAGUCUAAAAAAAUUGUGUUCAAUGAUAUUUGAAAAUAUUUAUGGAUUGUAUUGUGAUUUUGCAAAAAU